UGCACCAUGCACCAUGCACUAACCUAACUAAAUGUUAGUGUGAUAAAAAAUCAUAUGCGUUGGGUCGCCCUGUGAUAUACGUGGCGGCUCUGCAGACCGGUUACCGAAGGAUUUUGCUCCACAUUUGAUACAUAUUUGUGCUGCAUGAUGUCAGAGAAAAUUCAGGAUGAAGAGUUGCCGCUACCUAGUCAUCUCAGUGUUUAUAAAAACACUUUCUUGUCUAAGUUUAAGGUAACUUACAUGCCCGAGUACGAGAAGCUGAAAUGCCGUGACGACGAUGUCUAUGUCAUGUCCUAUCCGAAAUGUGGUACAACAUGGAUGCAGGCAAUCGUCUGGCUCGUCAUGAAUGACGCAGACGUCGCAUUCCAAGGUGGCAGUAAGGCACUCGAUGAAUUAUUCCCACUGCUGGAGUGGCCACUCUAUAGUAAAAAGUUGGCAGAGAUCGCAAAGCUGAAGAAACUUCCAGAAUGUCCCGACUGGGAGGCGAGACCAUCGCCAAGGCUCUUCAAAACACAUCUGAAUUUUCAACUUCUUCCAACCGAAAUCGUAGAAAGGACCAAAACUCCAAAAGUAUAUUAUAAUUAA